AUGGGUCGACGAAAGAUCGAAAUUAAGGCCAUCACUGAUGAUCGAAAUCGCUCCGUAACCUUCCUCAAGCGCAAGGGUGGUCUCUUCAAGAAGGCACACGAGUUGUCAGUCCUUUGUUCUGUAGACGUUGCCGUCAUUAUAUUUGGUCAUAAUAAGAAAUUAUACGAGUUCUCCUCGGGCGAUAUCAAUGAGACUCUUGGACGAUACCAAUAUUAUGGCCAACCACACGAGCAUAAAGGACCUGCUGAUUUUCCCGGAAAACAAAGCAUGGAUGACGAUGAUGAGGAUGAAUCCCUUCCCGAGGAAGCCCCUCCCAAGACUCACAAGACAGUCCCCCAACAGAUCCAAAACCAACCCACCUUCCAACAUGUCAACCAUCAGCCUUCCGCAUCCCCGCCAAUGCCUAAUGGCGUUUUCAAUCCUCGACGCGGAACUCCGCAGCCAGUCAUCUCGCGGCCGCCAUCGAGAAACAACCUCCAGCGGGUCGGUUCGGGGCUAGUUCCACAGCAGCAGCGUCACCAUGCAACCCCACCACCUGCUCAAAACGGUUUUACAUAUAUGCCAAACCCUUCCAUGUAUAACCCACAAACGAACCCAAAUAUGCCCCAGCAGACCCCCCGACAGGGCCAAUAUCCCUAUCAUGCCAUGCCACAACACCAGCCAGUUCCGCAACCGACACCGCAACCGCCGGUUCAGCAUCACCCUCACCCUCAUCCUCACCAUACCCAGCAACGUCCUCAUCCUCUACCAGUGCAGCACCCACACCAAUCUCAACCGCAACCACAACCGCCACGAAAUCACACUCCACAACCCCCUCAUCAGCCCAUGGGCCAGCCCGCGCAGCAAUACAUACGCGAGCAGCAAAAGCGACAGUCUGUUUCGGUGCCACCGGCAUUUCCCCUUCCAGAACGACCCGUACAUUCACGAUCACCAUCCCAACAACAACCGCAACCGCAACCCAAAACGGAACAAACCCAAACUCCACCUCCCAAGCCUUUACCAUCAAAAUCGCGAAGCAUCUUCACCCCAAUUGAUGAUCGCGGUUCCGUACUUGCGCAGCAUUUUGGAUUUGGUCCGCAAUCUUCCUCUCCAAAGACCGAUUCUCCCCCCAAACCUGAACAGGAACCUACCGAUUCAACAACUAACCAUUCCGUACCCCUUGCUCCACCUCCUGCAAGGUCUGCAACUCUACCUGCCCACUCCCAAGGCAUGCACUCCCUCUCCUCGAUCCCCGAUACCUCCUCGAUCUCCCGCUCAAACAGUCUCCAAAUGGGCGCCAAACGCCCACGCCUGAAAGUUCAGAUCCCAAGCGAAAAUUCAGAUGCAGACAGCGCCACUGCAGAUUCAUCCCCUCGAGAAUCAACAGGAAACACAGCAGCCACCCCCGCCCGAGGCAGCGCAGAUACAGGACACUCCGGUGUUGUUCUCCCCCCACCCUCCCCAUCCACAACCACACUUCUAAGCGCAGGUGCCCAAGGCCCGCCAAACCCAUUUGCCCGCCCUCCACCUCCAGCCGUAACGGCUUCUCAAAAUAACCCGGCAUACCCCAGCAACAAUACCAACAGCAACAACAGCAACAACAGCAAUGGCAUCAAUAGCAGCAACAAUAAUGGCAAUGCCAUCGACACACCCAUUUCCGCGCUCCCCAGCCGCUUUGUAUCAGAUAACUUGCUUCCAUCGCCAUCCAGCUUUUAUCCCGAAUGGGGCUUUGGGAGAUCAGGGCCCGAUAGUAAUGUGUUACCAAGUCCAUUGACGUUUCCUACGCCUGUUGUGCAGAGUGGGCCUGGUUUUGCGACUGUUGGUGUUGACGUUGGUUCUAGUGGUUUGAAGGAAGUUGAGGAUGGGGGUUUGAUGGAGAGGAAGAGGAAGAGUUCUGAGGGUGUUGGUGUUGGUGUUGCUGAGGGCAUUGCGACGGGGGGAAAGAGGUUGAAGGUAGAGUGA